CGGUUCCCUUUAUAAAUCUUCACAGUGAUAAUUCGAGUAAAGAAUGUGAUGGCUAAAUGUUAGAGUUGGAAUUAAUAGCUUGAGACACCAAAGGCCUCGAGCGUGACUAUUAGCUUCUUGGAUUAUUUAAAGGUUGAGUAAUAGUCAGAAUGUCCGCCUCGUCUUUGACGUAAGAGACUGUGGUGGGCGAGGCGAUAUUUUCCAUCAAUUGAUUAAUAAAAUAUCUCCCACCGGCGAUGAUGAUGGCGUCCAACGGAGCUCCGGCCGCCGGCGCCGGCGACCGGAAGGAGCUGGAUGCCGGUGCGCAGUUUGUCCUCAAGUCCAGAGAAUAGUGCAGGUUCAUGGGUGCACUGCGGAUACCACCUGACGACGUCGAUCGUGGCGCCGGCGCUUCUGAGCCUUCCGUUCGCUGUGGCGGCGCUGGGAUGGACGGUCGGGAUUGGAAGCCUCCUGAUCGGCGCGGCGGUGACGUUCUACGGGUACAAUCUGCUGUCUCUGGUGUUGGAACACCACGCCCAAUUGGGGAAUCGCCACCUCAGAUUCCGGGACAUGGCCACAGCCAUCUUAGGGCCAAAGUGGGGGAGAUAUUGCGUGGGGCCAAUACAGUUCUUGGUGUGCUAUGGUGCAGUAGUGGGGUGUACUUUAUUGGGCGGCCAGUGUAUGAAGGCAAUAUACACACUGUCCGAGCCAGAUGUGGAAAUGAAGCUGUACGAAUUUGUGACGAUAUUUGGUGGGCUGAUGUUAGUAUUGGCUCAAAUCCCAUCUUUCCACUCAUUGAGGCACAUAAAUCUGGUCUCCCUGCUCCUGUGCCUUUCCUACAGUGCGUGCGCCACAGCUGCCUCCAUUUAUAUAGGAAUAUCAUCGAAGGGUCCAAAGAAAGACUAUUCAUUGGACAACAACAAAGAGAAAAGAGUGUUUGGGAUGUUCAAUGCACUUGCCAUAAUUGCCACAACUUUUGGCAAUGGAAUUAUACCCGAAAUACAGGCAACGUUGGCGCCGCCAGUUAAGGGCAAGAUGUUCAAAGGGCUUUGCGUGUGCUAUGCCGUAUUGUCGGCUACAUUUUUUAGUGUGGCGAUUUCCGGGUACUGGGCAUUUGGCAACCAAGCCGAAGGUCUAAUUCUUACAAACUUCUUGAAUGGCGGCGACCCUUUGGUGCCCAAAUGGUUCGUCUUGAUGACCAAUGUGCUCACCAUUCUCCAGCUCUCAGCUGUCGCAGUGGUGUACUUACAACCAACGAACGAAGUCUUAGAGCGAGCAUUUGCUGAUCCAAAGAGCGGGGAGUUCUCCGCACGCAAUGUUGUCCCGAGAGUUGUAUCGCGGUCCAUCUCAGUUGUAGUCGCAACUACAAUAGCUGCAAUGCUUCCGUUCUUCGGGGACAUCAAUGCGCUCAUAGGAGCGUUUGGGUUCAUACCUCUCGACUUUGUGCUCCCCUUUGUUUUCUUUGUCUUAACAUUCGAACAAAAUGGCAUCAAAAAAUAUGUACAUAUAUCUCUAGCGGUGUUAUUCUCAGUGUUGGGGGUCAUAGCAGCAGUUGCAGCUGUGAGACAGAUCAUUCUUGAUGCAAAAACUUACCGGCUUUUUGCUGAUAUCUGACCCCAAAAAGUUGUAGUAGAUACAAAUACUAUACAAAAUGUUUAGUUUAGAUUAGAAAUUUCAAUCAGCAUAUGUGACACCCUAACCCGCAAAUCGAUCAUUUAGUUCGACGUGGUGGUAAUAUUCCAAUUUGAGCUGACUGGGGUGUUACAUCAUAUCUUGUAACUAUAACUAGAACAACUCCUAUGAAAAAUACAUUAAUAUAUGCAGAAAUAGUAAGGAUGUGUUCUGUUAAUUUGGAUUUACAUUAAUUUAUUCAUAAAUUUAUGGUUGAAUUUUAUUA